AUGUCCUCUCUCUCGGCAUCCAAGCUCUUCGACCUCACGGGAAAAGUGGCGCUGGUCACUGGCGGCGGUACGGGCUUGGGACUCACCGCCGCCCUCGCGCUCGCCUCCAACGGUGCUACCGUGUACAUCUCCGGACGACGCAAGGAGAAACUCGACGAAGCGGUCAGCGAGUACUCUAACCAGGUUGGAUCUGGAAAGCUCAUCGCGUACGUUCCCCCGCUUUUCCCCUCCAGCAUUGCCUUUUUUUCUUCUCUUUGUUUCGAUCCGCUGAUCCUUCCCUCUUUUUUUCCUUGCUACAGUGUUCAGGGAGACGUCUCUUCCAAAGAAGACCUCGCUUCGAUCGCAUCCACCAUCGAAAAGGGAGUUGGUCAGCUCAACAUCCUCGUCAACAACGCCGGUGUCGAAGGUCCCAUGACCAAGUUCGACUCCUCCACCAUCUCCACCGUCUCCGCCUCCACCCUCUCCUCCUCCCACCUCUCCUCCGAAUCCUUCGCCGAUUGGGACACCUUGUUCCGCAUCAACACCUCCUCGAUCUUCUUCUCCACCUUCACCUUCCUUCCCCUCCUCUCCUCCUCCUCCUCCCCCUCCUUCCCUUCUUCCAUCAUCAACAUCACUUCCAUCUCGGGUAUCGUCAAAGUCUCCCAAAACCACUACGCAUACAAUGCUUCCAAAGCAGCUGCUAACCACUUGACCCAAAUGCUAGCUCACGAGUUGAGGUUCAGAGCAGAUGUCGGGGUUAGGGUCAAUGCGAUCGCUCCAGGUCUGUUCAGUAGCGAAAUGACUAGUGGAGGGAAGAGCGAAAAGGGUAAGACGAGCAGUGAGGAUGUUAAGGGUCAUGAGAACCCAGCGGGUAGGGUGGGUAGUGAGGAGGAGUACGCUCAGGUUGUGCUUGUGUUGGCGAGCAAUGGAUUCAUGACGGGACAGGUCGUGGCCGUCGAUGGCGGGUUCGUGACGGCGGUUGCCGCCAACCGUUAG